AUAAUACCCGUCCGGUGCAUUUUGGGAAAUGUAUGCGCUAUUCUUCCGGUUUGAAAGACUACGAUGAGGACGCCAUCAUCAACAUCACGGUGUCCACAAAUGUUUCAAUAUUAUCCCAGAGUUGGAAAUGUCUGAGUACUGGAUCAGCGAUGCCCGAGGAGGAUCCCGAUGAUUGCAAAGCCAAAUGUUGGGAAUGCGGUAAACAAUUCCACAGCUUGAACAACUUAAUGUCCCACUACGCGAGCCACAACAUCACAGCUACCUACCACAUCUGCAAGGUGACCUUCAGAACAUCUGACGUCGCUGUCCUCCCACUUGGACAACGUGCACUUGCCGCCUGCGUGUUAAAAAGUGCUCUAAUGUGUUUAGCAGUGUAUGGGAGUUGAACAAGCAUGUGGAGUCGUAUUGUUUAAGCUCAAACUCAAACUCAGACAAGUCAGACAUGCAGCCGGCGGAGAGGCCGGAGACAUCCGGACACAGCGUGGAGUACACAUUGGACGCCUGGGAUCUGGGAAAGCCCAUCGAGUCGGAUGAAGUCAGCUCAGAUGAAUCGACGAGCACCGCGUCGGAGAAUGAGGACAAUAACAACGGCGCCGCUUUGGCCGAAACCACUGACAGUUACCUCAACGACGCGGAAUCAGACUCGAGUUCAACAGAUUCCUGCGACGACGCCACCGACAGUGCAUCUCCCAGUAUAACCAAACCCACCACCCUGCAGAGUAACAAGCUCUCUAUGUGUAAAGACUGUGGCCGUGGGCCCUUCAGGUCCAUGAAGUUGCAUCUGCUUCAUUGUAGCGGCGUGAGAGUCAAAUAUACGUGUUCGCGUUGUAAUGCGCUUUUUCCCAACGAGUCGUCUCUCACGGAACACUACAUCCCUCUAUGCUCCUGUGACAGCUGUGGGCGGGUGUUCACUCACAGGGAUUCCCGGCAUCAACACCCGUGUCCCGGGGGAUGCAGCUCACGUUGGAUCUACUUUUGUUCCGAGUCCAUGCCCAAAGCCUGCGCUAUAUGCAAAUCUUUCUUCGUUAAUGAGAAGAGUUUACUAAAUCACGUCACAAGAGCGCACACGUCGGUGGUCAGCACCAAGUUGUGCAUCAUUACCAACCCGUCGGGGCUGACUGAGAAAAAAGUGGUGCCGAAUGUCCCCAGAGUGGUCGCUAGCAGCGCCGAGUCUUCUGUGGUCUUAAACAGCAACCCUCGUGUGAUCAAGCAUGUGAUUAACGGUAAGAUCUCCGUCGGGGGGCAGACAAACGCUUCCACCGCUUCUCACGUCGCAUCAGGACAAGAAAGUGGAACCCAACCGGACCCUGGUAUUCUAGCCGUGUUCGAGAACCACAGCCAGGAGUUGGCUUUAACGCGGCGUAUGAACAAAGGCUGGCGCUCCAAAGCCCCUCACCCGUGCAGGCAAUGCGGCACCAUACUGAGGCAGCCCUCCCUCGCCAUCAGCCACCGCUACCUCCACCGUGGCCUCCGAUCGCAUCGGUGUCAGUGCGGCCGGGCGUUCAAGCACCGCUUGUACCUCCUACGGCAUUGCGUGCAGCACGCUGAAGCCAAGAGCUACAUCUGCGUCAACUGCGGAAACACUUUCACCGGAGCCAAACACUUAGCCAAACACUUGAAGGGCAAAACAUGGAAUAACAAACAUCGAACAAAGUGCAGAAUGCCGUUUGAAUGCGGCUGUGGACGACUCUUUUAUAGGCCCUCCGCUUAUAUAUGGCAUCAACUUGUAAACAACGUGAAAAGUAGAUAUUUGAAAACAAAAAGGGGGAAAUGACAAACACAAGUGCAAAGUGUCAAACCAAAACUUAUUUCAUUGCUACUGUUGUGUUCAAGUACUACUAAGUUAACGCACAUAGCUUUUACAUCCAAUAAUGUUCAGCACAGGUUUUUAUUCAAGUGCAAAAGAUACAACAGUAAACAGGCUUCCAAAGUUCCAAGUUCUUUUCACAACAUAUAAGAAUACAAGAAAUGUCACCUUUUUUUGUGUCAGUAUUACGUUUUUAAAGCACAACAAGGUUCCAGUUUGUCCUUUUGGAGAAAGAGUUUGUACAGUUUUCUUACAAAGUGCUUAUUUUCCAAUGAGGUAUCACUGAUGUCUGGCAAUUUUUUGUUUUUUGUUUUGGCUUGUGAGAUAACCUGCUCAAACAAGCGCAUCUUAAGAAAUUGGAAUAUUGUGCAAAAGUUACUUGAGUUCAGGAGUUUGAUCCAAAUUAAAGUUUUUUCUACAUUUGCUGAGCAGUUUGACAAUUUUUCACAUUUAAUAUACCUAUUUUU